AUGUCCUUCUCAAAAUACGAGUCAGUCCUGCCCACCCACUUCUCGAGCUCCCAGGACAGAAGCCGCAAAAUCCAAGCGACAGCCGGGACUCAACACCUCGAGCCAGCCUCUCCUCCCGAUGUCUCGACGCCAGCCCCCGAACCGAGCUCCGCUCCCCCUCCCGCUGCUCCCAAACCUCUCAAGGGGUUCGCUGAUGUUGUCGAGUACCAUCGUGAGCAUGGUCAGGGUGGUCAAGAGGUGGAGAUUAUUCCCACUAGCCGCUUCAUUCCCAAGCAAAAAGGCCUCCCCAAGAAGACAACGCAAUAUAAUGAUUACGCCGUUGUCCUGCGUCGCACGUGGGUGCAGAAACAAAAUACCGCCAUUUGUGUCCGCAUAGAACUCGCAAUUCAGUCCGAGGCCCUUUGCAAAGCUUUUCGCAAAAUUGCUGUCAGCUGCUAUGAGACCACUGAUCUUCAAUCCACCCCCAUCAAGUUGUCAACCCCGUUUUCCGAGCUCUUUUUCUACCGAAAAGACAUUAAGACAUUGGCCACAAGUCCAACGACCGACCCAAACCUACGACGUGACGCCCAGGCGCUUUAUGAUUUCAUCCAGAAGAACGGCCUCCUGUCCAGCAUAAUCCGUGAUGACGAAAAGUACUCCAAGGAAGGUCGCGUGGUUGGGGAUAUUCUGUGGACUUUAUAUCCUCCAAACAGCUUGGUCAUGCUGAAUAUCAAGGCAAUCAAGGAGUGUUGGAUCUGUCGUAACGUCUCUUACUAUGUAGAUCAACGGGGCAUCCCUCACUGGACUGUCCUCGGCCUCAGAAUUGCUUUUGGCGGCGAGUCACCAGGCCUGGUUCGACAAACAUUCACCAUGCCAAUGUCGCAGAUGCAGGUAUCUAAGAUAUCGGAUUUACCUCUUCUACCAUUCCCACUGGAGGAUUUUCCGGAAAAGAAAUCCAUCACGGCCUCCCUAAAGGCGCGAUCGGGCAUACUACAGAGAGUUCUCGGCAAAGACUUGUCAUCAUUUCUGUCUCAGACCUAUUCAGGCCCUUCAUGGGAUGAUGGCUUCGACGCCUACAAUACCUUGCUCAACCCAUUGAGAGCCGCAAAGCAGAGCGAUGAAAGGGUCAUUGUGGAUUUCAAAGCGUAUCUGGAGAGCAACCGCACCUCGAAUGAUCUAGAGAAACUAAAUGACCCCGACGCACGCACUCAAGCAAAAGCAAAGGGUCGAGGUAUGAUUGCAACUCCAGAAGGGGCCAGAAAGUCUACUCGGCGCAAUCGCCAUAGGCGUUCUGAUUCGGAUUCUGAUGAGGAGACCGAUCCCGCUAAGCAUCUUGCCAAUCUGCAAGCUGGUCAAGAUCUAAUGGCUUCAACCCAGCUCGACGAAGCCGAAUCGGCCCAAGAUGCCCAAGAUGACGAGCCGACGGACCUUUCGAGCCUAAGACAAAUCGUCACAGAAAAAUUUAAAAUCACCGGGGAUGAUUUUGAUCUUUUAUACCCAGCGCUCGUCCCUGCGUUCAGUCUAAAGGAGAAAAAGUGGCAGUGGCUUCUGACUGACCGGCUUCAGGAUGUGAAAUGGAACACUCUUGCUUUUAAUUCUCUUCAGCUUGACACUGUGACCAAAGAUCUCAUCGAAGCCCUGAUAAAAGGGCACAAGGACAAGACAACCACAGUAUUUGAUGAUGUGAUCCCGGGGAAAGGCCAGGGUUUGAUCUUCCUUCUACAUGGGCAUCCCGGACUUGGGAAGACACUUACAGCAGAGAGUGUGGCCGACUACCUCGAGCGACCACUCUAUUCUAUCUCUGGCGGAGAACUAAGCACCGAGGUCGACCGACUCGAGUCCCGCCUGAACGAAAUAUUCGCUCUAACAAAGAGAUGGAAUGCCGUUUCCCUGCUAGAUGAAGCCGAUGUUCUUCUUUGUAAGCGAAAUUCAUCCGAGAUGGAUCGAAAUGCCAUUGUUGCGGUUUUCCUCCGGAAGAUUGAAUACUUCCAGGGUGUCCUCAUCCUCACGACCAACCGCAAGGAAGAUUUCGACGAAGCUUUCAAGAGCCGCAUCCAUAUCACUAUCUCCUACCCGGACCUAAGCCACGACGCCCAGUCCGGGAUCUGGAAGGCCCUUAUUGCAGCCAACGAGCAGGUGAAACUGGACGGCACAUGGACCACGGAGGCCUUUACGGCGCUCGGGAAACUCAAUGUCAAUGGGAGAACUAUUAAGAACAUGCUCAGGACUGCAGUUGCGUAUGCCCUUGCUGAAAGCGGGGUGCUUGGACUUCGUCAUGUGUUGGCGAUUGCUAGGACGGAGAUGAAGGAGAAUGAGAACCAGGACGACAGCGUCAAGGAAGGGCUAAAAACACUGGAACGAUUGGUUGCGAGUGAUAGUAGCGGGUAA